AUUUUCUUUGCUGGUUGACAAGUCUUGCAGACGAUGCUCCUAGUUACACGCUAUACAAGUUGAAAUCAAGGGCGGUAUAUGUACAGCCUGUUGUUAAAUCGAUGAUCUUACACAGCUCACAAAAGCCACAUGCUUAUGAAGAAGUCGUUUAAAGCUGAAAGCAAGAAAUGCUACUUUCGAUGCGCCAUUGCCUUUACGCGCUUUCUAUUAUCGCAGUAUUAACACUUGUUAUCGCUGUUUUAAUGAUAUCUGAUUUGGAAAAACAGCAAAACUACAUCCAUUUUAUAGGUCUUACUGGCCUAAAGGUGAAUGAAAAAGAGAUCGAACAAGCCAGCAGGGAAGUCAUUCCAGAGCCAAUCAUUUUGUGGUGGACUGGCUUCACUGGGGAGAGAGGAGCAUACAAACAAUGCGGAGAAGAUCGGUGCUUCUUUACUGCCCAUCGCCGCUAUAUGAGACACCCAAUGCUGAAGGUGUUUGUAUUCUAUGGUACGGACUUGAAAAUUUCUGAUCUCCCAUUACCACGACAACCACAUCAUGAAUGGGCUGUCUUGCAUGAAGAGUCCCCCAAAAACAACAUACUUUUUUCAUUUCAGGAUAUGCUAGUGUUAUUCAAUCACACCUGUACGUUUCGUCGAGAAUCGGACUAUGCAAUUACAACUCAGCAUCUCAAAAGCCAGAAGUGGUUACUAGAUACAAAGUACAUGAAAAGUACUCAUGACAAAAAUGCCUUUCAGAAGACAUUGGGCUUAGCUCCAAUCAUCUUUACACACUCUGACUGCGAUCCACCUUCAGAUCGGGACCACUUUGUGCAGCUCCUCAUGAAGCACAUCCCUGUUGAUUCUUAUGGAAAGUGUCUGAACAACAGAAGGUUGCCUGAAAGUCUGCAGGAUCCUAUCAAAGGCAUGGAACACAACGAGUUUUUUGAGCUAGUGUCAAAAUACAAGUUUUCCCUGGCUAUGGAGAAUGCAGUGUGCAAAGACUACAUCACAGAGAAGUUGUGGAGACCACUGGUUGUGGGCUCUGUUCCUGUCAUCUUUGGCUCUCCAGAUGUUAAGGACAUGCUGCCCUCUGACCAUUCAGGUGUUGUCAUCACAGACUUUGCCACAGUGGAAAAUCUUGCCAAGUUUUUGCAUUACCUGAAUAAUAAUGAUUCAGCUUAUGAAGAGUAUCUCAACUGGAAGUUGACAGGCAUAACUAAUCCCAUUCUGAAGGACAUACUUUCAAGGCGGGAGUGGUCAUCUGACCAAGAGGGUUCAAUGGACUUUGUCACAAACUUUGAGUGCUUCAUCUGCAAGCGUCUGCAUGAGAACAGGAGACGCAUGCAAAAGGGACUGCUGCCAUUGAAGCAUGUUGCAAAUGAGAGUCAUUAUGGUUGCCCUGUUCCUCAUCAAUUUGAUGAAAAUGGGCAGGUCAGUGGAAUUCACAAAAGAUGGAUGUACGAGUGGAGUAUGUCUGAAAAGAUGGCCAAAGCUGUACGACAACUUGUUGAGGCAGGGAAGAAUUUUACCUUGAAAGAUUUAGAUGCCCACUUGUCUCUUGAUUUAUGAGAAAACAUCCCAUGUUGGGGAGUAUGUAUGCGCACACACACACACUCACAUGCUUUAUGGAUGACAUUGAUCUGAUGCUACAUAUGUGUAAAGUAUGCAUGUAUGUGCAAAGUGUCUUGAGCAGAAGCAGUAGGAGAUAAAUCCUUGCUCUUUUGUCUUUUCCCUGGUGCACACGCUGCUGGAAGCCAUAAUUUCCUUCUUGUAUUUGGCUAUUUUUAGUAUGACUGUGGGCAGUAGGGAAUAAUUGAAUGGGAAAAUAUAAAAGUGUUUGGCAGUGUUGGCUGAACAAUAGUAUAUAUGCACAUAGUCAACUAUUUAUAUUACAUGUUAACUAUCAUUAAUUUGGUAGAUUUUUUUUCAACUGUGAUAAAAAGAUAUAUAUUUUUUUCUUUAACAUAUGUUCAAAGUUUAGAAACGUGUUUAUGUUCUGUACAUUUUGGCUGGCAACUGGAUAUUGGCAAUGGAACUGUCAGUGAAGGGGUUGAACUCAUACUUGUCAGUAUUUACCUUUACAUAAUCACAGAACAUGUAUUGGUCAGGUUGUGUUUACUUCAGUUUUGGUGAAAAUCAUUACCACUUUCACAUCAGUAAGGCACCGUCUUUUGAUGCCAUUGGAUGUCAAGGUUAUAACAGGCAUGAUGUUACAUAAUGUAAAAUAAGGUUUGAAAAAUGGCUGGAACGUAUAGCCUGUUCCUACCUGGAACAUGUUAUAAUAAUCAUGAAAAGGAUAAUUGUGGUUUGACUUUGAAUGUAAACAUAGAAAAGUACCUAGAAUUUUUUUUAUUUUUUAAUUCAGCACAAUGAAGACAGUUUAUAAGACAGAAAGACAAGCGCUUGCUCCAGCUCCAGCUUGAAUGGUUAGUCUUUUAUACUCGAGUUUAGUUUUUAGACUUUUAAAGGAAAAUUAAUCAAAUCAUUUUGGAACACUUUUUUUUAGAGGGAUGAAGUUUGCUUAAAUAUUGUCUCUAAAGAGAUAUGGUAUGGUCAUUUUACCGAUGUUUUUCAACUGCCACAUGCAUGCUCCACCCAGGUGCCAGAAAUAAAGGACACUUGUGUUAUUAGUGAUGAGGAAAGGGAUCUUCUAAAUAGUCCGAUUACAGUUACAUCACUAAAAGAUAGUAAAGCGCCUGAAAUUCAAAUACACUGUUGUCCUAUUUUAAUUUUCUCUUUGAAACACUACAACAGGAGAAAGCUACUUGUGCGACCACUGGCUAUAUGUAUAUUUCUGUUAGAGAUCUGUGAUCAAGGAACCACGAUUUGUGUAAUCCUGCGAGACUUAUGCAAAGAGUCAAUAAAUUAACCCUGUUUACAACA